AUGGCCCGCCAACUGACUAAACUCGGCUACUUGGACGUGAAGAAAACGCUCUUCAUGCUGUGCGAUCUGCAGGACAAAUUCCGACCCGGCAUGAAAAUGUUCGAUCCCGUGGUUCAAAACGCUUCAAAGCUGGUGCAAGCCGGUAAAAUGCUCGACGUACCGCUGAUCGUCACCGAACACUACCCCGAGAAGCUGGGACGCAUCGUAAAAGAGCUGGAUAUUUCGCACGCCAAGGGCGUGUUUCCGAAGACGCUGUUUAGCAUGAUGAUCCCGGAUGUGCAGCGAAAAAUCGAUGAAUUGUACGGUUCCGACGGUCCGGAAACGGUGGUGCUGUUUGGGUUGGAAUCGCACAUUUGCCUCGAGCAGACGGCAAUGGACCUGUUGAAGAAAGGCUACACGGUUCAUGUGGCAGCGGAUUGCUCGGUUUCACGCACCCAGGAGGAUCGUAAGCUAGCCCUCGAGCGGAUGCGCAAUUACGGGUGCUUUGUGACGACGAGCGAAAACGUUAUCUUCAAGCUGAUGCGCGACAAGGAGCACCCAGCGUUUGAUAAGGUGCGCCAUCUUGUACGCGAACCUUCAGUUGAUACCGAAUUGGCGAAACUGUAAGCUUUGCGCCAGUGAAGUACGAAAUUUCGAUUUAUAUUUGCAGAAAAUGGCAGUGGUAAGGAGGGCGCGAGCUUUCACCUUCUAAAGGUACAAUUGAAUUCAAAAUUCAUGUUACUUUUACGAUUUUGUAUAGGAAACCGAAUGCAUUUUGGGGUUUAUAGAAAUAGUGGACAGCACACAGUGUAAUUAUAAAACAGCUGGUUUAUAGGAGCAAAAGUAAUAAAAA